GAAACGCUCGCGAAGUUAACGUCAUUUAUAUCUUUCCACGCCCAAACCUCGUUUUUCAAUUUCCCUCCCAAAAGGUUCUAUCGAAUCUCUAGGGCUUCACUUCAUCAUCGAACCAGUCAAUUCUCGACGUUCAGACACUCGUGAAUCCGCCGACUGCUCGCUGGAAAACAGCCCCCUCCGGCCACUGUUUCUCCGGCGGUCAGGUUUUUCUUCGGACUGUACAGUUCAGUUUGUCAGAACCAGAAUUGAAGUUCAUGAUCUCUUUGUUUGACGACAAAGCUGAAAGAAAAAUUUUGGAGUUUACUUUCGGUUUGAUUUUGACGAUAGAACAAAGUCUGCCGUUGUCAUCUCUGUGCUUUUCAAACGGAAUCAAUAGCUGAAAACUGGAGGUUUUAUUUCAGGAAAACCAAUUUUCUUUUUGUUGACAAUUCCUUCUACGGAGAGAUUGACCUUAACAAUCAGCUUUUGCAUAUGGAAACAACAUGUGGAUCUCUUCUAUCCGAAUUACAGAAAAUAUGGGAUGAAGUUGGAGAGCCAGAAAGUAAAAAGGACAAAAUGCUUCUGGAACUUGAGCGCGAGUGCUUAGAGGCCUAUAGACGAAAAGUUGAUCAGGCAAAUCAAUGUAGAGCUCAGCUGCGAAAGGCAAUUGCUGAUUCUGAAGCUGAAAUUGCUUUUAUCUCUUCCGCAAUGGGUGAGCGACCUUUACAUGCAAGAAAGAGUGCUGGAAGCUUGAAGAAAGAGCUUGAGGCCAUUAUGCCUGUACUAGAGGAGAUGCGGAAGAGAAAAAUUGAGAGGCGGAGUCAGUUCAUUGAAGUUAUAGAUCAAAUAAAGGAUAUCUCAAAGGAGAUUCAUGGAUCAGCAGAAAAUUUGCAAAUGGUUGUCAUCAACGAGAGUGAUCAGUCCUUGAAAAGACUAGAGGAAUUACACGUUCAGUUGCUUGCUCUCCAGAAGGAGAAGGAUGAUCGCCUGAAGCAGGUGCUGCAUGAUCUGAAUAUUCUGGAUUCAUUAUGCAUGGUGCUUGGUGUGGAUUUCAAACAAACAAUUACUGAGAUUCAUCCCUCUUUAGAUGAUUCAGUAAGCACAAAAAAUGUAAGUUUGAAGACAAUGGAAAAGUUGUCUACCACAAUCCAGAGGUUGCAUGCGGUCAAGAAACAGAGAUUGCAACAGCUUCAGGAUCUUGCAACUACUAUGGUGGAGCUAUGGAGCCUUAUGGAUACCCCUAUCAAUGAGCAACAUGUGUUUCAGAAUGUCACAAAGAAUAUAGCCGUUUCAGAAAGUGAAAUUACUGAGCUUAACAGUCUCUCUGUGGAUUUCAUCAACCAUGCUGAGGCAGAAGUCUCAAGACUGCAAAAGAUAAAAGCAAGCAAAAUAAAGGAUGUUAUCUUGAAAAAGAGGUCCUACCUAGAGGAGUUAUGCAGGAAGGCGCACAUGGUCUUAGAAGAACAAAGUGCAGCAGUUUAUUCUGUUGGAACUAUUGAUUCUGGAAUUGUUGAUCCCUCAUAUGUACUGGAGCAUAUUGAACUGCAAAUUUCGAAGAUUAAAGAGGAAGCAUUUAGUAGGAAAGAAAUACUUGACAAGGUUGAGAAGUGGUUAGCUGCCCGUGAAGAAGAGUGCUGGCUAGAGGAGUACAACAGGGAUGAUAAUCGCUACAAUGCUGGAAGAGGGAGUCAUCUUAUUCUGAAACGUGCUGAGAAAGCUCGUGCUGUGGUUAACAAAAUUCCCGCAAUGGUGGAGGCACUGACUUUGAAAGCCAUGGCUUGGGAGAAAGAAAAAGGAGUAGAUUUCUCGUAUGAUGGUGUUCGCCUUCUUUCCAUGCUCGAAAGCUACGCCAUCUUACGGCAAGAGAAAGAACAAGAACGCCAAAGGCAGAGAGAUCAGAAGAAGCUUCAAAUACAGUUGCUAGCAGAACAGGAAGUUCUCUUUGGCUCGAAGUCCAGUCUGUUGAGGAGUGGAAAGAAGGCACCAAGAACUUCAACUGGAGAAGCUGGCAGCAAAAGAAUGUCUGUUGGAGGAGUUAUACUUCAAAACUCAAUUACUGGGAAAGCAUCUCUUUCUGCUUGUCCAAUCAAGAAGACCAGUUCUUUGAAGCAGGAAAACACCAGAAACCAUCAACAUAGUGGUAACCAAAUCCCAGACACCGGCGGUUUUCAGGCGAAGCAGCAGACUUGCAAUACACCAAAUCCACAUGAAACAAAAUCACCAGUGAUCAUCAGGAAGCCUCUCUCACCAGUAAAUUCUCCACUAUUGUCCAGGGCUAGUACUGCAAUUAUUCAAGAUCAGAGCAUCGCAGAAAAUGCAGCAUCUCAGAAACCACUUACUACUAACAGAACACCAAUGGCGAGCCCUGCCAAGCUAGUUUCUGCUUCAGACAUUGAGAACCAAACCCCGAGAGCAAUGCCAAUUCCACUGCCAGACACUCCUCCGACAGUCACCAUGCAGACAACCACAACCCCGGCAACACCUUGUGUUCCUUGCGGUGCUGACUUUGUUGAGUACUCCUUUGAGGAGAGAAGAGCAGGAUUGGUCCCUCCGAAAUCAUAUGUGAGGCCGGUGCUACAACAUUGACUCAGAAUGUUACAAAGUUCAGUACUUUUAGCUUAUCAUUCUAUCUUCACUUCUCAAAACAAUGGAUUCCUAACAUCUUUAGGCACUUUGACAAAAAGCAAUCCGCUGCCAAACGGUGUUUAGUGUGUCCCAGAAAGAGUCUCAGCAUUGGUUACUAGUGUCAAUCUGCAGUAUAUUCAAUAUUUCAUUCUUUGAAACAGUUGGAUGAGCACAGGGCAUUUUGAGUGUACUGAGUUUCCCAUUUUGCAAGUUUUUAUAUACGGUUUUGUUCCUUGUUUCUAUAAUUUGAC